AUGUCCUCAAAAUACGACUUCGUAAAGGAUCUUAAUCCGACGAAAGAAGAGUGGAGGAUUAAAGUGCGUGUAGUUAGGUGUUGGAAGGUUCCCAGUUUUAAUCAAAAAGAUUUUGAUGACAAUGUGGAUAUGGUUUUGGUCGACGAACGGGGUGGAAGGAUCCAUGCUACGGCCAAAGGUACUUUGCAGGUUCAGAAGAAAAUUUGUGAGGGUGAUGCUUAUUUUAUAAAAUUUUUUGGAAUUGGGUUGAAUAUGGGUAAUUUUAGGCCAACACGGCAUGAAUAUCGUCUGUCUUUCAACUUGAGGACGGGCGUGAAAUCCAUUGUUGAUGCUACGAUUCCUGAGCGUGGUUUUGAUUUUGCUAAGUUUGACGUUAUUGAGAAAGAAUCCUCUGACUCUCCUUAUUUAAUAGGUGAUGGGAUUGGUGUAUUGUGUUAUUCGCUUUCAAUUAAGAUUUUGUAUAUAGGACGUAAGGCUGAAACCCAUGUUAUUUGUUGUGUAGACGUCUUUGGUUUGCUGUCUGGAAUUGGGGAAGUACGUGAACAUGUCAUCUCUGGUAGGAAUACAAAAAUGGUUGUCGUGGAGCUUGACAACCUGAGGAUUUCCGGUGAUCUGAUGGAAAGUAGUCAGAUGUUGACUCAGUUGUCCAGCCCAUCUUCAUAUUCUUAUGAAAAUGAUUUUCUCAAGGAUACAGAGAGGAAAUUUCUUACUGAUAUUAAGAAUUGCAUAGAUGCUACUACUUGCAUUACUUAUGGAACUAUAAAAUCCAUCGAAAGUAAAUACAACUGGUGGUACAAGUCCUGUAAGAAAUGUCCAUAUUCAGUGUGCGAAGAUUUUGAGAAAUGGUUCAGUGUUGAAGUCAGAGUUGUUGAUAACACAGAUUCUACUUCUUUCGUACUAUUUGAUAGAGACUGUCUUUCUUUAUUAGGAGUGAGUGCUGCUGAAUUGCGCGAGCAACAUUUUAAGCGGGGUGCAGAUUUAGAACAUUAUCCGGAAGAGUUGAACGUUCUUAAAGAUAGAUCUAUGUUGUUUAAAGUGAAUGUCAAAAUUAGCAAUUUGAACUCAAACAGUGAGCCAAAAUAUCAUGUGGCCAAAGAUGAUUCUGUAUUUGACAGUCCUUCUGAUGAUAAUAUUAUGUCGAUAGGGUCAGGAAAAGCUGUGGAUGUUCAAAGCCAAACCUGUGAUAGUACUGAUGAUGCUAAUAUUUCUCUCACUUUUUUGUCACCGUCUGUGAAUUUUGAUGCUGCAGCCGGUGACACUUUGGAGCAGAAAGAAAAUUUGUAA